AUGUGGCGACCAGUCGGUGGACAGAUGCAUGACCAUGGAGGCGGUGUAAACGUGUCAGACCCGUUCGGUGGCGGCGGAGGGGUACAAGUGUCAGAUAACUUCGGUGGCGGUGGUGGGGUACAAGUGUCAGACCACUUCGGUGGCGGGGGCGGGGUACAAGUGUCAGACCAUUUCGGCGGGGGCGGCGGUGUACAUGUGUCAGAUCAUUUCGGUGGCGGCGGUGGAGUACAAGUGUCAGACCAUUUUGGUGGUGGGGACGGGGUACAAGUGUCAGACCAUUUCGGUGGCGGGGGCGGAGUACAAGUAUCAGACCAUUUUGGUGGCGGCGGAGGGGUACAAGUGUCAGACCACUUCGGUGGUGGCGGUGGAGUACAAGUGUCAGACCAUUUUGGUGGUGGGGACGGGGUACAAGUGUCAGACCAUUUCGGUGGCGGGGGCGGAGUACAAGUAUCAGACCAUUUUGGUGGCGGCGGAGGGGUACAAGUGUCAGACCACUUCGGUGGUGGCGGUGGGGUACAAGUGGCAGACCACUUCGACAACGGAGGCGGCGUUAAUGUGGCACACUGA